CAAUUCCAGAAGAAGCCUAACUGAAUUUCCCCCCAAAAAUAAACUGCUCUGCCUUCUCUCUCUCCCUCUCUCUCUCUCUGCUCCGACUAAUUUCAUCAGUUAAUCACCACCGCCGCCGCCGCCGCCGCCCUAUUGCUUCCACGCACCACGCUACCCAUUCAAAACCCAGGAAGAAAAACCCAAAAUUUCUUCAUCUCAACAUCAGGAAAUGGCCACAGACAUGUCGUUUCAUUCUCAGCUUGUUCUUUCCGUUCUACUUCUUUCCAUGGCGGUUUCUUUGCCCAUUUCCCAUGCUCAGCAGACUCCAAGUUAUAUGAAAUUUGUGUUGAAUGCGACGGAUAUGCCACCGGAAGACUACUACGAUUACAUCAUCGUCGGAGGAGGAACCGCCGGCUGUCCCCUGGCGGCGACAUUGUCCGGGAAAUACAGGGUUCUUGUUUUAGAAAGAGGCGGUGUCCCACAUACUCAUCCAAACUUGAUGACCCAAGAAGGAUUCUUGCCGACCCUUUUAGAUUCCAACUCUCCCGUUUCGCCAGCUCAGACUUUCAUCUCCGAAGAUGGUGUCCACAACGCAAGGGGGCGAGUUCUUGGGGGCAGCAGCGCCAUUAAUGCCGGAUUUUACAGCAGGGCUGAUGCUGAAUUCUUUAGGGCUUCAGGGAUGCAUUGGGAUCUCAGAGUUGUCAAUAAAUCUUAUGAAUGGGUUGAGAAGGCUAUUGUGUUUAGGCCCGAGUUAAAGAAUUGGCAAUCUGCUGUUAGAGAUGGGUUCUUGGAAGCUGGAAUUGGUCCUUACAAUGGUUUCGCAUUGGAUCAUGUUGAGGGGACCAAGAUUGGUGGUACCAUAUUUGAUGCCAAUGGCCAAAGACAUAGUGCAGCUGAUCUCUUGGGGUAUUAUGCAAAUCCAAACAACAUAACGGUGGCUGUCUAUGCAACUGUGCAAAGGGUUCUUGUUGCUGCGUUUCCUCUUGUUGUGCCUAAAGCAAUUGGGGUGGUUUUCAGGGAUCAACUAGGGCAGUUUCAUCAUGCAAUGCUGAGGGAAAAGGGGGAAAUUUUCCUAUCUGCUGGUGCAAUUGGUACUCCACAGUUGUUGUUAUUGAGUGGCAUUGGUCCAAGGCCUUAUCUUUCUUCAUGGGGUAUUCCUGUUGUGCAUCAUCAUCCUUAUGUGGGACAGUUUCUGUAUGAUAAUCCCCGAAAUGGGAUCUCAUUCGUGCCAUCUGUGCCGUUGGAACACUCACUGAUCCAAGUUGUGGGGAUUACUAGUUCAGGGGCCUAUCUGGAAGCAGCCUCAAAUGUGGUUCCUUUUUUGGCUACGGCACAUGGCUUUCUCGGUAGGAAUCCGGGUAGUCCAGCUGGUUCUUUGCCAGUUUAUUUCACGGUGGCAACUUUGAUAGAGAAAAUUGUAGGUCCAUUAUCAGCUGGAUCACUGAGACUGGCCUCUACUGAUGUUAGGGUGAACCCCAUUGUUCGUUUCAAUUACUUCAGCAACCAGGCUGAUGUUGAAAAAUGUGUGAAUGGUACGAGAAAGAUUGCUGAUGUGCUCAACAGCAGGUCCAUGGAUGAUUUCAAGUCUUUUCACCUGUUGUUUGGGAGCAGGGAUUUUCGGUACGUUGGACCAGCAUUGCCUGCUGAUGUGUCGAAUGAUGCGGUGAUGCAGGAUUUCUGCCGACAGACAGUGAAUACAAUAUGGCAUUACCAUGGUGGAUGCCUGGUUGGUAAGGUGGUGGAUAGGAACUUGAGAGUAAUGGGGAUUGAGUCGCUGAGAGUUGUGGAUGGAUCGAUUUUGACAGUUUCACCAGGGACCAAUCCUCAAGCUACUCUUUUGAUGCUUGGGAGGUACGUAGGAUUGAAGGUUCUGAGGGACAGAAUGAGGCCUAAAGUCAUUUGAUGAAUAGAGAGGGAAGACACCAUCAAGUGAGAUGAACCUUUGUUUCUCUUUUUUUUUUUGAGCAGCUGUACAUAUGCAAUCUGUGUGAAGAAUCAGUAGCUUGUGAAUGUUGAGCUAGGAGGAGAACUUGAAUUCUUGUUUUGUUAGUGUCCUUGGUGAUGAUAGCUGCUGAUAUUGAAUUUGUGAGUACUAAGAGAACAGAAAUUGACAUGAUGUACCGGUUUCAUGAGUCAAAGAAGAGUAGAUGGAGUGCAUGUUAGCAGCAGUAACAGCAUAUGUUCAUAGAUUUUUCCAAUGUGCAAUGAGCAAUACACAUAAACUUUUUUCCCUGUCCUUUUGGUAAUGGUUUUUGCUGUGUUGAUGAGAGCUUAAGAUGUUAGGACUUAGGCAUGAAUAGAUGAAAUGUUUAAAAUUUUGUAAAUCAACGUUCAUUUGCAGUCUCUAAUCUCUCCG